GCAGACUCCUGUAGAAGCCAUGUAAAAGUGAGAGCGGCAGAGUGAGCCGGUUCUGUUUGACCAGCUGAUCGUUUCUCCCAGUGAGAGGAGGGAGGGUAGAAGAGAAAGGAGUGACCACUGGUGCUCCACUAAUCUGCAUCGGAGAGCAAAAUCAGAUGAUGGAAACAGCAGCUGCAGCACAGGCUAGACAUCUUUUCUUUGCAGAGGAUUGGAAGGCUGCAGAGGAAGUGAUACGUUCAAAGGGAAAGCAACAACAGCUUAUAUUUAGAAUGCUUCUUGGUUGAGAGUGGGACAAACACUCUAAUCGACACUCAAUAAGGAACAGAAGCCAUUGUUUUCCAAGCCAGAAGCAGUGCAGUGAUGUCCUGGUUGUCUCCGGUCCAGUGGGCCAAAUGGACAUGGUCGGCGGUGACAGGGGUUGCGGGGGACGAUGGGCAGCAAGAUGACAACAAUUCGGACUCAGAGGGGACCUUUGAGACCCCAGAGGUUGAGUCUCCAGGUGUCGUGAAACUGCUGAGUGAGCUGGACAACUCCAUUUCCACAGAGCAAUGUGUCCACAAGAUUUCCAAACAGGAUGCGGUGGACACCCUCAACAACAUGAUGAGCUCGUCCCCCAACAACAACAGCUUUGGUCUGAACCCCAAUCUCAAUCUGACUGUAACACCCCCAUCAAAUCCUUCCCCUCAAGUGCAGAGGCCCCCAUCGCUGCCAGUCCACUCUGUGCUGAACAAGCCUGAUCCCACCGAGGUGGACGAUGAAGCUCCCGUGAACUUCGACCUGAAAUUAAUACCCAGCUAUGACCACUCCCUGCAUCAUGACCUGCUCAACGGCAACGUGAACUGUGAUGCAUUAAAACAAGCCUGCAACCAGGAGGUUUCCAGUGAGGUCUGCACUACCAUUGACACGAAGUCAUGUAAAAUAAAGUUGGAUCAGCUGGCACAAAAAGACAUGUGCGGGCAGGAUGAUCGAGGUGGCCACGCUACAGAUGAAGAGAAGCUGGCCUGCAGCACAGGUGUCAAACCAGACAAGGAGCAAAACGUCUGCCAUGUGACCCCCGGACCAAAUGAGUCAGACAUCUGCACAUUGCAGCACAAUGAAGACCGCGGUGAGUGGAAAAACAAAUCGGAAGGAAGUGGGAUACAGAAAACAGGAAGUCAGGUCCUGGACUCUAUUUGCAUCAGUGAGGAGGAGAAACAGGCCGUUCUCACUCUCAUUAAAGAGGAGGUCAUCACAAAGGAGGUGGAAGUGAGUGACUGGAAGAGGAAGUAUGAGGACAGCAGACAAGAAGUUAAUGAGAUGAGAAAGAUUGUUGCUGAGUAUGAGAAGACAAUCGCUCAGAUGAUCGAGGACGAGCAGAGGAAUAGCCUAAGUUCCCAGAAGUCUUUGCAUGCUGUGACCAUGGAGAAGGAGGCCGCCCUGGCAGACCUGAGCUCAGUGGAACGUUCGCUGUCUGAUGUUUUUCGGCGCUAUGAAAACCUGAAGAGCACCCUGGAAGGCUUUAAGAAAAAUGAAGAAGUGCUGAAGAAAUGUGCUCAGGAUUAUCUUGCCAGAGUCAAGCAGGAGGAGCAGAGAUACCAGACACUCAAAGUCCAUGCUGAGGAGAAACUAGAUAAGGCCAAUGAAGAGAUCGCUCAGGUGCGCACAAAGGCGAGCUCUGAGAGUAUAGCGCUGACGGCCAGCCUGAGGAAAGAGCAAAUGAAGAAUGAGUCGCUGGAGCAAGCCCUGCAGCAAAAGAAUCAAGAGAUGGAGGAGCUCACCAAAAUCUGUGACGAGCUCAUCGCCAAAAUGGGAAAAGUAGACUGAGAUGAGUCUCUUGUGGCUCAACCGUGACUUCCUGUGCAUGCUUCCAUAACCAACAAGACACUAAAACCCCUCCCUUGUGCUAGCCUUUCUAAGAUCAUUCUAAAAGGGACUUUUUUUACAUGUAGUCAUCUGUUUUGAUUGCAUUUUAUGAACCCCUCGUGAUUUUGUCCAUCCUGCCAGUGCACAACAAUGACCUUCUUGUGAGGGAGCAGCUUCAUGGCUAAAUUGUCAUGCAACUCCUACAGCAGGAUGACAUCACAUUUAAGGCAGGCAGAGGUUCUCAUAUUCAGGAGUAUGCUCAGAGAGGCUUUGACAAGGGUUGUUUCACGUUAAAGCAACAAUCUGAAUAAUGUAUUCUCCUGAACUACUCUCCGGGGUGUUGUGUGGAAGCAGAAGAGGGAGGAGGUGGAGGACUAGGCUGAAACGGUUUAAGGUUCAUUAGUUCAGGAGGACUAUUGGAUCUCUGUGUGUUCUGACCACUUUUCCAGUGCUUCAUAAUCCUUCGCAACCUAGAGUUGUAAUUGCACACAAUUUCUUAUCAGACAAUCAGUGGCUCCUCUGUGAUUACGUUAACACUGUGCACUUUGUGGGGGGUUUUAACACUACAUGAGGAUAUUUAGUAGAGUGCUGACCUCCACCAAGGCCGAACAAUCAUAAUGUAAUCAAAUUUUUAUUUUGUCAGAGAAAGGAAGGAAAAUACUGUAUGUACUAUCAACUAGUAGAACAUUCAGAGUCCAGAUCUCCGCCAAGGUUGAACUCAUAACAAAACUGAGAAAAAAAAAGGGUGUCACAUUUAUGUUUGUCCAACCAGAUUAUGAUGAGUGGCUUUUUCACCCAUCAGGAGCAUGAGCUCACAAAAAUGAGGCAGGACAUGAACUGGACUUAAUUAUUGGACUAACAUUUUUGAUUCUGGAGCGGCUGGUGCUCUGCUUGAUGUUUCAUUAACCAUGUACCAAUAGAGUUAGCGUAAUGCAGUUAUAGAUACAGCAGGGGGACCCUCAGAAAUAGAUUUUAGCACAUUUAACAGCAUAUAACAUUAUUAGUGUUUGCUUUAGCAAGAAUAUUUCAAGGACAGAGAUUUGGCCAUCCAGAUCACCAGGGACUGCAGUUUAAUUCUGUCUGAUUUAUUGGCGAAUUACGGAAGAUCAGGGUUCCUACACAUAUAUGGAUUUUCAUUUUACAAAUUUCCAGGUCUGGAAAAGUGUAGAAAAUGGAAACUCAAGUAUAGAACAAUAUACUGUACAAUAUACAUUUAAAAAAAAAUACAAAAUGGAUUGAUCUAGUUCCUGAGGGGCUUAGUAGGGCAGCUAUGAUUCGAUUAAUUGAGUAAUCGGUAAGGCUGUACACGGACCAAGUCAACAUGAAACAAACACAGUGAGUGGUUUGAUCUGCAGCAUAUCGGAAAAAAGGCAAAAAUGUCCAUGGCUGUUUUUCAAAGUCAAAGCUGAUGUGUGUGAAUAUCUUCUGCCUAAAAUGCAAAGAAAUGUUCAUUCAUUUGUGCAAUUUUAUUCUCAGGGCAUUGAAUCGAUCACUACUGGACUGUUUUAGUUGUCUUAGAAGAUGUUUUCCGACUCUCAUCCGAGCAGGCUUCAUCAGUUCUCACUGACAAGGUGGGACAAACACUAGUCUGACUAGGUAGGACAGUCCUGUCUGAUGCAAAGAUCAGGUCUGCUUCCUAUAGGAUAACAUUUUAAAAUCACAAAAUAGUUGUAGAUUGAUUGGAUAAUGGAUCAAUGGUCAAUUAAUUGAUAAUGAUAAACGGCUAUUAAAUAAUACUGGAAAAAGUAUGGAAUUUUGAAAUGUCAAAUCCAUAGGAACCCUGUAAGAUGUUAUGAUUCUGGGACUGGGAUGAUCAAAUGUCAGAUGUUCAUCAAAUGUCAUACAUUCUUGUUGGGCACACAGUUUCAUACAAAUGAACAAGAGUACAAAUCAAUACAGUACCUUUUGCUGCUUCCAUACUAGGUGGGGUUAAUAAUCCCAACGCUGCGUAUUUAGAGCCACACGAAAAAUUCUGAGGUUCUUUGUAGUCCCUAGACAAAGUAUUGUGGCCAUUGGUUAACAAGCUUUUGUGUACUGCUGUACUACUGCACUCAUUAUAGAUAUUUUGUACUGUAUGUAAGGAUGUAAUACAAACUGACCUUUUGUUUUUUCAAAAUAACAAACCAACACACACCAUGUGCCACAAUUGCAUUACAUUUGUGCGUUGUCUCAAUUCUGUGUUGGCACAUUAAAGACUUACUGUGUAUGUAUACUUUUAACUGAGAAAUAAAGAUAUAAUUUGUUUUAUUAGGGUU